AUGAAAAUCAACGAACACAUCAAAAUUGUUGGACAGCAUGUUAUACUUGUGCCAUAUGAAGCUAAACAUGUACCCAAAUACCAUAGAUGGAUGCAAUCCGAGGAACUGCAAGAGCUGACCGCCUCCGAACCGUUAUCGCUUGACGAAGAAUACGCUAUGCAAAGAAGUUGGCGUGAAGAUGAAGAUAAAUGUACUUUCUUGAUAUUGUGCCGUAGUACCUAUGAACAGAGUAAUGAUGAAAUCACAGCCCUUGUUGGUGAUACCAAUCUGUUUUUAUCUUAUGAUCCCGAUACCAAUGAAAAGAUAGCCGAAGCAGAAAUAAUGAUUGCCGAAUCAAAUGCUCGUGGUAAAGGUUACGGUUGGGAAGCUAUGUUAUUAAUGAUGAAGUAUGGACAACGUGAGCUGGGUGUGAAUAAAUUUGAAGCAAAAAUCGGCAUGGAUAACGAGAAGUCACAACGGAUGUUUAAGAAAAUGCAAUUCCAUGAAAUAAAACGUGUCGAAGUGUUUCGUGAAAUAACCUAUGAAAGGAAGGUCAAUGAGGAAUGGACGAAUUGGCUGGAUCAACAAGUUCAUUUGCAAGUAGAAAAUUAUUGA